GGUGGGUGGGGGUGGGGGUAAGGGAGAAAACCCGGCACGCAUCCCCGGAGAGCUGGAAAAGGAGGGUGGUGGUGGAAGGAGGCACCUCGGCUGCGGCCAUGGCCACAUUCACCCGGGAAGAGUUCUACCAGCAGCUCCUGAGCGGCUGCGUGUUGCCUACUGCUCAGCAAGGCAUUGAGCAGGUCUGGACACUUCUGCUCUUGUGCCUCGUGUGCCGUCUCCUCUGGAGAUUGGCUCUGCCAUCCUAUGUCAAGCACCUGAGCACAGUCGCCAGCGGCUUCUACGCCCUCUACCACUUCUUCCAGCUGCAGAUGGUUUGGGUCGUCCUCCUCAGCCUCCUGUGCUACCUGGUGCUGUUCCUCUGUCGCCACUCAACCCAGCGCGGCGUCCUUCUCUCCAUCACCAUCCUCAUCUACUUGCUCAUGGGGGAGAUGCACAUGGUGGACACAGUGAGCUGGCAUAAGAUGAGAGGUGCCCAGAUGAUCGUGGCAAUGAAGGCUGUGUCGUUGGGCUUUGAUCUGGACCGGGGCGAGGUGCCAGCCAUCCCGUCCCCAGUAGAGUUCAUGGGCUAUAUCUACUUCAUUGGGACGGUCAUCUUUGGACCCUGGUUCCGCUUCCGUACCUACCAGCAGGCUGUGGAAAGCCGGAGAAUGAGCUUCUCCUGGCUCCAGAAGGUCUUCCUGAGCUUCUUCCUCUGCCUUGUGUGCCUCAUCAUGUCCACUUGUGUGGCCCCCUAUCUCUUCUCUUACUUGAUACCCCUCUACAGCUACAAGCUACUCAGGAACUGGCUUCGGGCUUACGAAAGCGCUAGCUCCUUCCACUUCAGCAACUAUUUUGUGGGCUUCCUGUCCGAAACAACGGCCACGUUGGCAGGGUCUGGCUUCACAGAGGAGAAAGACAACCUGAAAUGGGAUCUGACAGUGUCUCGCCCAUUGAAUGUGGAGCUGCCCCGUUCCAUGGUGGAGGUGGUCACCAGCUGGAACCUGCCCAUGUCCCGUUGGCUGAACUCCUAUGUCUUCAAGAACUCCUUGAAAUUGGGCACCUUCUCAGCAAUCAUUGUAACCUAUGCAGCUAGUGCCCUUCUACAUGGGCUGAGCUUCCACCUGGCGGCUGUGCUGCUCUCCCUGGGGUUUAUCACUUACAUUGAACACGUUCUCCGGAAGAGGCUCGCCGUCAUCUUUGAUGCCUGCAUACUCUCCAAGAGGUGCCCGCCAGGGUGUUCACAUCGCCACAACACGAGUCUUUGGGUUUACCUCCUCAACCUGUUCUUUGGAGCGCUCGCCAUUUUCCACUUGUCCUACCUAGGCUCGUUAUUUGACAUGGAUGCAGACGACUCCGUGGAAGAGCAGGGCUACGGGAUGUCCUACACCAUACACAAAUGGUCUGAGCUGAGCUGGGCCAGCCACUGGGCAACCUUCGCCUCCUGGGUCUUCUACCGCCUCAUCAGCUGAGCUGCGACCUCUGUGCCGACUUGAGGAGACGGAGCAGAAAGUCCAGGAAGGAGAGGCGGAACAGACCUCGUCUCCUUCAAGGAAAUCGGAUGCACCCCCCUGGACACGCCGGCUGGCCCCUUUUCCCCCCCCCUCUUGGGACACUUACUGGGGGAAGGGGCCUCUGGGCAGGGCAGACUGUGCUCCGCCACGCUGUGGCAGGCCCUGACCCAAUGCCCUCACAAAAGGAAGGAAAUCAGGUCCCAUGUGGAAAGGGGCUGCUGAGAAAGGUAGCCCAAACACACAGAGGUGGUCUUGCUUUUGGUUUUAGACUUCCUUCCCUCCUUCUGCCCCCUGGGAAAUUGCUGGCCCCCGUCUGCCCAUCUUGGGGCUCCCUUUAAUGACCAGGUGUGGAAGUUACAGCACCAUUUCUCCUCCUUGUAUGAUUUUAAAUGUAAUUGUUUUAUGUUAGAGCUGUUGCCCCCACAUGAUCCCCAUGCAUGCCCCCUCUUUUUAGCUCCUUUUGCUCCCUUGCGGCUGACUGUCAGGACUGCAUCGGCGGCUGUCAUGGCAUCCCUGGUUAUUGUUGGGAUUGUGGGCUCUUUCUUCAGUAAAGUCUGAUGAUUGGUUGAUUGUAAUCACGGUCUCUUUUAAACUGUAUGUGGGUUUCUUUUGUCUCCCCUUCGCUGCCUCUGAGGGA